AUGACUCUGGUGCUGCCCCUGAGCAGCUUCUGCGAGCCCAUUGUCUCCUCCGAAGGAGCCGCCGAGUACCCGCCGCCGCUGUGGGAGUCGCUUUGCUGCAGCAAGAGCAGCCCCGCCUCGGAUGCAGCCGCCAGCGGCAGCAGCAGCCAGGGCCAGGCGCAGCAGCCUCCGGGCGACGGCAGGACGGCCGCGGGGCAACCUCCGGAGUCAGGAUCACACCACAGAGGAAUUUCAAAUCCUAUAGCAACAUCCAAGAUCACAUACUUUAAAAGGAAAUAUGUGGAAGAGGAGGACUUUCAUCCACCACUCACCAGCUGUACACCUAAAACAAUCUCUGUCUUUGAGGAGCGGGCACAUAUCCUUUACAUGUCUUUGGAAAAACUAAAAUACAUUGAUGACCCUGAAGUCUACCUAAGGCGAUCGGUUCUGAUAAACAAUUUAAUGAAGAGAAUUCAUGGGGAAAUUAUCAUGCAAAACAACUGGUGUUUUCCCACUUGCUCUUUUGGUGGAGCCUCAGCCCAAGAAUGGUUUGUGUCUCAUGACUGUCCUUACAGGAAACGCCUUCGGAUGGCAAGGGAGGACUGUGAAAAGAUCCACACCUGCUGCCUUUAUCAAGAAUGUAGCAACCACUAUUUAAGUUUACCAUUGUCUACAAAUUCCACAGUGGGAAAUUCCUCUUCCUCCCCCUCUUCCUCCUCUUCUUCUGUAUCUUUGCCAAGCUGUUCCCAGCAAGUGGAAUAUGGUGUAAGCGGUGCCCCUGCUUACCGGAGUGACGAUCAGAUACAUGCCAAUGAAAUUUUCAUUACUAGUGCUGGGCCACAUGUUAAGGCAGUAUCGAGCAAUGAGAAAGUAGGCGAUGAACUGGAACGAGAACGGGCUACAGACUGGGAACCGAUGAAAGGUGAUCAGGGCGCUGAAUGUAAAAGUAAAUAUUAUGAUUAUUUUGAGACAGGGCGUGGUGAUAGGAGCAACGUGAAUGAAUCUUGGAAGAAAUCCUUACGAAAAAGGGAAUGCUUACCAGGGGGCAAAAUAUGUUGCAGUAAAGGAAGUAAAAUAUGAAGCACAUUCCCAAUGACUGCAGUUCUGAAGCAUGCACAACAUGUUCAGUUUAUCAAACACCAUUUCAUUCUGGAUGGAUUUUUCUUACAGUUUUAUACUACCAAUACAAUCAUGUAUUCAUGGAUAGUUUUUAACGACUGGUUAGCAGAUUGCAUCAAAGCGUAUGUAUGGUCUGCAUCACAGAGCUAUUUAUAAAUAUAAGGAGUCUUCAUCAAGAGCACAGUUGAAUGGCAAUGUACGAACAGAUUUUAACUUUUGUUGCUGAAAGAACCAAUCAACCAGACGGAGGAAACAUGACCCUCCCCCCCCCAGGGGAGGCCAACAUGAAUUAAGAAGAAUCUCCUUUAUGCUUAUCAGUGGAUUAUAUGUUUUAUAACCAGCAAAGGAGGGAGGGGGGUGGUCUGUCUUGCCCAACAAUAAUUGCUGUCAGUAAGUCCGGAUGUCAUUGAAGAAGAAUAAGCCUAUGUAAUGAGCGAGCAUUAAAACUAUUCCAAUUUUUAAGUGUCUGGUUCAGCCAGCCAAGUAG